UGGUGCCGUACCGUCGCCAGCCGGACAGCGGAGUCAUCCGCCAAAAUUUCCCCUGCCUACGAGAGCGUGUGUGAGGUUCCCGUGUCCCUGACUCAAAACAAGUCCAAGCAAGCCGGUGCGAACGAACGAUUCGGUGUUUUGCGACAACAACCACAGUAUGGCCGACACCACCCUCCCCAAGGCCAUGGAGACCUUGGCUGUCUCCUCCAAGACCAAGGAGCUCAGGGGUACCGAGAAGAGAGAUGCCCUUAUUGAGAUUGAAAAGAGAUACCAGCAAAAGUGGGAGGAGGACCAUGUGUUCGAGGUCGAUGCGCCAUCUAUCGACGAGUUUCCCCUGGAGUCCAUCACCGCCGAUGAGCUGCGCGAGAAGUUCCCCAAGUUUUUUGGUACAAUCGCAUACCCUUAUAUGAACGGCCGUCUCCACGCUGGCCAUGCUUUCAGUUUCAGCAAGAUCGAGUUCCAUGCCGGUUACGCCAGGAUGCAGGGCAAGCGUACCCUGUUCCCCCUCGGUUACCACUGCACCGGUCUUCCCAUCAAGGCCUCCGCCGACAAGCUCGUGAAGGAAGUCCAAAUGUUCGGUCGUGAUUUCGAGAACUACAAGGAGGAGGACGAGGUUGAGGAGGCUCCUGUCGCUGCCAAGGGGCCAAAGGACGACUUGUCCAAGUUCAAUGCCAAGAAGGGCAAGGCUGCGGCGAAGACCGUCAAGGCCAAGUAUCAGUUCCAGAUCCUCAACUCUGUCGGCAUCCCGCUGGAGGAGAUUCACCACUUCGCCGACCCUCAGUACUGGCUCCAGUUCUUCCCACCAGAGUGCAAGAAGGAUCUCACCAACUUUGGUGCCCGUAUCGACUGGAGACGUCAGUUCGUAACGACCGAUGCGAACCCCUACUACGAUGCCUUCGUCAGGUGGCAAAUGGUCCGCUUGAAGGAGCUCGAGAAGAUCAAGUUCGGCAAGCGUUACACAAUCUACUCCAUCAAGGACGGCCAGCCCUGCAUGGACCACGACCGAAGUGAAGGUGAGGGUGUCCUCCCUCAGGAGUACACUGCUCUCAAGCUUAAGGUCGUUGAGUGGGCUCCCAAGGCCGCCGAGGCUGUCAAAGGCAAGAUUCCCGAGGACGCCAAGGUGUACUUUGUGCCUGCUACCCUCAGAGCCGAGACCAUGUAUGGUCAAACCUGCUGCUUUGUCGGCCCCAGCAUCACCUACGGUUUGUAUAAGGCUUCUGAAAAGGAGUACUUUGUCAUCACCGAGCGUGCUGCCAGAAACAUGGCGUACCAGGGCAUCUUCGAGAAGGAGGGCGUUCCUGAAAAGGCCGCCGAUGUCUUGGGCUCUGACCUUAUCGGAACCGUCGUAAAUGCUCCUCUGUCUUUCCACAAGGAGGUUCGCGUUUUGCCCAUGGAGUCUGUCCUUGCUACCAAGGGUACCGGUGUGGUCACAUCCGUGCCGUCCGACUCCCCAGAUGAUUAUGCUAUGGUUACUGAGCUUGCUAAGAAGGCCGACUUCUACGGCAUCAAGAAGGAGUGGGCUGAGCUGGAGAUUAUCCCCAUCAUUCAGACCCCUACCUCCGAUCUUCUGGCUCCCUACCUCGUUAAGAAGCUCAAGAUUGCCUCUCCCAAGGAUGCCAAGCAGCUUCUGGAGGCCAAGGAGCUUGCGUACAAGGAGGGCUUCUACCAGGGUGUCAUGAAGGUCGGCGAGUUUGCAGGCGAGAAGGUUGAGGCUGCCAAGCCCAAGGUCAGAGAGCAGCUGAUCAAGGCUGGUGAGGCUUUUGCCUACUCCGAGCCCGAGAACAAGGUCGUGUCCAGAUCCGGUGAUGAGUGCACUGUUGCUCUCAUGGACCAGUGGUACAUUGACUAUGGCGAGGACUCAUGGCGCACUAUUGCCUAUGACUAUGUCGAGAACAAGGAUGGCAAGGGUCUCGAGACCUACUCUCCUGACACUCAGCAUGCCUUCAAGGGAGUGCUUAACUGGCUGAAGCAGUGGGCUUGCGCGAGAACCUAUGGCCUGGGCUCCAAGCUUCCUUGGGAUCCCACCUUCCUUGUGGAGAGUUUGAGUGAUUCUACGAUCUACAUGGCCUACUACACUCUUGUGCCAUGGCUUCACACCGACUUGUUCGGCCGCGAGCAGGGCAAGGGGAAGAUUGCCCCUGAGCAGAUGAUUGAUGAGGUCUGGGACUAUGUCUUUGCCAGGACACAGUUGACUGAUGAGCUCGUUACCAAGUCCGGUAUCCCCAAGGAGACCCUUCAGGGGAUGCGCAGAGAUUUCGAGUACUUCUACCCUCUUGACCUCCGUGUCAGCGGUAAGGACUUGAUUCCCAACCAUCUCACCUUCUGGCUCUACAACCAUAUCGCCCUCUUCCCCCGCGAGUUCUGGCCCAAGUCCGUCCGUGCCAACGGCCAUCUCCAGCUCAACGGUGCCAAGAUGGCCAAGUCCACUGGCAACUUCAUGACUUUGGAUGACGUCGUCAAGAAGUACGGUGCCGAUGCCGCCCGUGUGGCUCUUGCCGAUGCUGGCGAUACCAUUGCCGAUUCCAACUUCGUCGAGGAUGUUGCCGACAACACCAUUCUCCGAUUCUAUACCAACAAGGAGUGGAUCGAGGAGACUGUCAAGGACGAGAAUCUGAGAACUGGUGAGCUCAACGACUUCCAGGACGUCUUGUUCGACAACGAGAUGAACGCCCUGGUUGCUGAGGCCAAGAAGCACUACGAGGAUACCUCGUACAAGCUUGCCCUCAAGGCCGGCCACUACGACUUCCUCAACGCCCGUGACACCUACCGUGAGGCCUGCACCGCUGCCGGCAUUCCUCUUCACAAGGACCUCGUGUUCAAGUACAUCAGACUCCAGGCUCUUCUGCUCACCCCCAUUGCCCCUCACUGGGCCGACUUCGUUUGGCAAGAGAUUCUCGGCGAGAAGACUUCCAUCCAGUUCGCCAGGUGGCCUGACGUGCCUGCUUCGGACGCUGGCCUCACGGCGGCCCGCGAGUACGUCCGCCAGACGUCCUCCAACAUCAACUCUGCUGAAGCUUCUCAGCUCAAGAAGAUGGCCAAGGGCAGACAAAGUGACUUUGACCCCAAGAAGCCCAAGAAGCUCACAAUUUUCUUGACUGAGGACUUCCCCACGUGGCAGGCCAAGUACAUUGAGCUGCUGAAGGAGGUCUGGGAUCCGGCUACCAACAGCCAAAAGAUUGACGACAAGGAGCUCAACGGCCGCAUCGGCAAGAUGGGCGAGAUGAAGAAGGCUAUGCCUUUUGUGCAGGCCCUGAAGAAGCGUCUGAGAGAUGGCGAGCCUGCCAGCGCUGUGCUGGAGCGCAAGCUGGCGUUUGAUGAGAAGAAGACUCUUUUGGCCAUGGUCCCAGGUCUCAAGCGCGCUGCCGGUCUCGAGUCAGUCCAGAUCGUUGCCGUGCAGGAGGGAAGCAAGCAGGGCAAGGACCUGACUGCCAAUGGUGCGGAGGUGGAGGUCACUGCUCCUGUUGCCGAAGCUGCCCUGCCCGGCCAGCCAAGCUUCUUCUUUACCAACGUAUAG